CAGACACUCCGUCAAAUUCCAUUCUAGACCUCUCGGAUUCUCACGAAAUAUCGUCAGCGGUAGGCAGAAAAGGCCUCAUCUUUGAGAUACAACGGGGAAGCGACACAACCCGAAUUGCGCGAGCGGGCGAUACCUCGAAGAGACUCAGUUAGCCAUCAGAUUUGGAGGAACUGGUGGCAGAAAACACCAGACUUUCGCAAGGGAAACAUCGCGACCAAAACAAAACCCGAUCACCAACACAGGGGCGGUCUUCUGCAAACCGACGUGAAACUACCUUAAAUCGACCACAAGAUUAUCACAAAGCUGACAAACAUAACCUCAUAAAAUUAUCACGCUUCCAUCACCGAGACACCACAUUGACAGCAGCCGCAGCCGCACCAAGCAAAUCAGAUAACAAAACCACGAUCAUCACCACUUUCCACUCCAUCGUUGCCCUUGAGAUCAUCAUCAACCUAAACCACAACCACACACCCAACCACACCACCUCCCAUCUCCCAAAAAUGGAAACAGCCCGCACCCUCCAUCGCCAAUUAACCACCGACUUCCCCACCACCUCCCUCCCCAUCCCCUCCCUCUCCUGGCUCACCACUUUAAUCCCGUCCAACAUCUCUCGCACACCCCCUCUCCCCUCUCUCCUCGCCACCGCUCGCUCGCGGCUUCUUUCCUCCGACCUGUGCACUCCCGGCCUGUUAGACGCCAACUGGGUACCCAGUCACUGUUUCCCCGGUUCCUUAACGGGCCAAUCUUUGCCGGGGGCGGUGGGGUACGUAAACUCGCAGGAGCAGAUACUAGACCGGGACGUAGUCGUGCAGGUGUUGGAUGUAGAGAAUUUGAACAGAAGUAAAUGGGAAGUCGUCGAGGAGUUGGAGGCUAUUGAGAGGGGGGAGCAGACCCGCGGUCGUGAAGUCAUCCGCCUCCCUACCUCCAACAACACCGACGGCGACGGCGAAGGGGAGGGGGAGGGGAUAGAUAUGGGCGAUGGCGGGACGCAAACCCAAACUGCUGCCUUUGCACAAAACAGCACAGCACAACAACAAGCAGCCCAACAAGCUGCUCGGGAAAGGAAAAACGCCACGCACAAAUUAACACUCCAAGAUUCCUCAGGGCAGAGGCUCUAUGCGUUGGAGUUGAAGCGGGUAGAGGAGAUUUCGGUGCCGCAGUCUGUCAAUGGAAAAAUGAUUGGCGGAACGCCGAUAGGGUGUAAGUUGGUACUCAAAAGGGGGACCAAAGUGGCGAGGGGGGUGGUGUUGUUGGAGCCGAGCAUGGUCAAAGUGUUGGGCGGGAAGGUGGAAAGCUGGGGGAGGGUUUGGGAAAGGGGGAGGUUGGAGAGGUUGAGGGGGGAGGUCAGUCAGCAGGGUAGGUAGUGUCUCGCUCCCGUUGUUUGGCUGCGAUAGCGAUAUUUUAAAGGAGGCCUGGGGCGUCAAGGGAUCAAGACAGGAGGAAAUGAAAAAAUUCAGACAUCGGGCAUGAAGGUAUGAACACACAAAGUCAUGAAGAGGCAAGGACAUGUAGACAUUAGUCCCAAUCAAUUCUCUUUCUUUGA